UAUAACUCGUCGGACUAGUCGCGUUGCGACCGCGCGUUAGUACGCACGUAUUUCGAAAUAAACGAGGAGAAGAGAUAUACAACGAGAUAAGAAGAAAAAUAUCAUCGCAUCUUUGUAUUUUGAAAAAACAAAUUUCCUUUUUAUCCCUUUAUUCCCCCACUUUUCUUUCUUAUCGUCUUACUUAUUUAUCUAUCAGACCGAUGGUGAUCGUGUGUGCCACUCUCUAUAAUAUAAUAACGAAUUAGGUUUUUUUAUUUUUUGUUUGUUUGUUUGUUUUUGUGUACACGAAUUACGACAACUUGAUAUUAAUAUAAACGUCAAAUCAAGUAUCAACAAAAACUUGGAAAAAACGGGAUUUCCCUUGGUGAUACGUGAAUUUUGUAUUUUCCUAAACUUUACAUUGAAUUUCGGUGUGUUCAAUUGGUGCCGUGAUAAUAAACAAAAUUAUAAGAAUUAAAGAAAAGAAUAUUUUGUAAAUUUUCUCGACGAUUAAGGCAAGGAUUACAUCAUGACAGAACCGAAACAACCUAAGGCAGCGUAAUGCCAAAGGAAUCUUGUUGGGGGUUACUGCUAACCCUAGUGCCGUUAUUCGUCGGUGUCUGUGAUCUCGCUGGCGCAAUAUCCGGUUCUCAGUAUCCGGUGUGUAAACCAGGCUUAGAAUUCUGGUCCACCGAGCGUGCAUCUUGCUGGCCAUGCACGAGAUGCGCGCCCGAGUUCACAUUGAGCCCUUGCGCCGUGCAUAAAGAUGCAAUUUGUGGUCCACUAUCAGCUUUGGAGCUUGACUGGUCUUUUCUUUCAACGAGAAAAAGGCCUGAGAACGGACAGAGACGUUUGGAAGCGGUAACAUCAAAGAUGCUUUGGCGAUUUCCUGAUUUAGAUCAACAACAACAACAACAGUCGCAGGAGCAACGACAGCAAGAGAAGUUAAAACAGGAAACGAGGAGUCUCGUCGAUGCUACUUACGACGACGAAAUAAACGUGGGACACGUUGACGAGUUAUCUUCUCAAGAACAAAAAAGGUCAUAUGAUCCUCGAGAAAGGAGAAAAUCUAAUAUCCACGAAGGAAAUCUUUUGUGGGAUUGGCAAACUGCCGCCCUUGUAUUAGCGGUAUGUGCCUGUGUGGUCUUCUUUUUGGUAGCGGGUUGUUCGGCCUUGGUUUAUGCGAGACAAUGGCGAAGGAUGAAAAAAAGUUUUGAACCAGUCGGUCUCGAAGAAAUCUCUGCCCGAUUAAAUGUUAUGGUUAAGGCAGAAUUGGCUGAACUCGUUGCGGGUGCACCUAUGAGUCCAGGUGAUCCAGAAACUAGAUGUCAGUACCUUGAGAAAUUAUUAGACCGGAAACGCGAAACUCCGGUGGUGGCUGGUUGGCCGGAAGUGGGUGGGAACCUCUACAUCGAGGAAGAGGAGACACUGAGAAGUAAACGUUCACAAAUCGCGCGGAUUCAUCGAAACAUCGAAACGAUUCUCAGCCACAAGACUAACGUCAUUGAUUGAUCUAACUAAAUGCAAAAGAGAAAGAAAGAGUAAAAAGAAAGAGAGAGAGAGAGAGAGAGAAUAAUUAAAAAAAAAGAAAAUCUUCAAAGGAAUUAUUCUCUCGCAUCUCACCGGAUGCUGGAUGAACAAUGACGUUCUAUGGAAAAAUCUCGGUGCAUAUAAUGUUUAGUACACAUUUAUAGAAAGGUAUAUAUAUAUAUAUAUAUAUAUCUUUCUUCUUACCCUCCUUCUCCUCUUUCCCCAUCAUUACCCCCCUCCUCUUCUUGAUCGAUAACACGAUAAUAUGUGUACGAGAGAUAUAUAUUUUCUAAAGAAUUACUUUUAAGAUUUAAUUCUUUAUUGCCAUUUUUUGUAAAAGUAAACGACGCUUGUUGGUUCUGUUAAGAUUACGAAUGUGUGUGAUGUGUAUUACGUGUGUAUUAUUAUCAACCUUUCUAUUUCUAUACCUGGUUCCUGAUAAUUUAAUUGUAAGAAAAUUGUCCAAGAAAAAUUUCAUAAUGUUAUAUCAUUCUUUAUUGUAUUAUUAUUAUUAUUAUUAUUAUUGGUCCCCGACACUCGAGUGAAAUUCGAGCAACGAGAGACCAUUACACUCUUAUCCCACACAAUAUCCAGAAGAAGAUUUCUUCACAAAUUUAUUUAUUUUCUUU